AUGGCACACUUAUCUGGGACACCAUCGUCCCUUCCCCAAGACUAUGCCAUUCUAUCUCGUUUUUCUGCUCCCCUUUCAGGAGAAACGCAGGAAGAGCUUGAAGCCUCUCCUGCCAAGUUGAACGAUCAGGAAGAAUACAGCUUUCCUUCAUCGUAUAUCCUUCCACCGCAACCUUCCAUGACUAUCAUUCCUACAGCACCGGGUGUACUUCAGCCGACUGAGAACACACCCCUCCUAGCCCCAUUGAUGCCACGCAUCCGAGAGAACGUGGACUUUCCUUGUGAUGGACGUGAACCUAGCACCGUUCAAAUGUACUGGGAAGAACUAUGCCACAUCUCAACCGUCGCUCUUGCUGCCGCAACUAUUGGGUUCAUGACUGCUAACGUCACUGGUCUGAGCAUCAUUCAUGGUCUCGUUUCAACCUUAGACACAAUGCUUCCUGGGGCUUGGACUUCUGAUCAACCACACCUUGUUGGACUAUGGACGCAGCGCAUGACUAUUGUCGUGGCUGUUGCACUCAUACCCAUGUUUGCUAUUUGGUGCAAUGCAGAACCUAUCUUGCUUUUACUGAGGCAAGAGCCGGAAGUUGCGCGGCUCGCUGGUAUCUACUUGAAAUGGGCCUCGUUAGGUCUGCCGGCCUAUGCAUUCAAUUGUAUUUCCCGCCGAUAUUUCCAGUCUCAAGGUCUCUUCAAUGCGCCGACUCGUAUCAUCGUGGCAGUAGCACCUAUCAACGUGCUUUUGAAUUAUCUGCUGGUAUGGGGUCCAGAACCAAUCAGGUUGGGUUUCAUCGGCGCCCCAAUAGCGACAUCGGUUUCCUACAAUCUUGUGUCAAUAACCUCUGUCAUCUAUGGCGUUUUCUUUGUUGAGAGAACCGCCUGGCAUCCGCUGUCAAGGCGAUCCUUCACCUCGCUAGGUCUUCUUGUCCAGCUUGGGUUAGGCGGCGUUGGUCAGGUUGCUUCAGAGUGGUGGUCGUGGGAACUAAUCGGGCUUGCUGCUAGCCUCCUUGGGCCUACAGCGUUGGCAACCCAAUCAGUCCUUUUGUCGACUUGUUCGUCCACAUUUCAAGCCCCAUUUUCUCUGGGUAUUGCGACCUCCGUCCGUAUCGGUAAUCUUCUCGGGGAAAGGAAUGCAAGGCGUGCUGAAGUUUCUGCAAUUGUAGCAAUUCUGCUCUCCGCUGUAAUAGCAGCAUUUUUUAGUGCCGUUUUAUUGACUUUCCGCAAGUCGUGGGGUUAUUUAUUCAACAACGAUAUUGAGGUCGUGACACUUGUGGCAUCUAUCCUGCCAAUAUUGGCGUUGUUCCAAGUACCCGACUUUGCGUGCGCUAUCACAUCCGGAAUAUUGAGAGCUAGAGGCAAACAGUUCACUGGAGCUCUACUCAAUAUCAGCGCAUACUAUGUCAUUGGGAUUCCCUUUGGGUUGUGGCUCACCUUCAAGCAAGACAUGCGACUCGUAGGGCUUUGGUGUGGUCUCACCGCUGCCCUGCUUUACGCGUCAACCCUUGGCAUUUGGCUCUGCCUCAGAACGAAUUGGAAGAGGGAGGUGGAGAAGGUAGCUGAACGCCUUGCUGUAGACAAGAAGUACCGUGAUGGACAUGCGGACUCUGAACAUCUGACGCAAUGA